AUGGGCUCGUUGCGUACGUUUAUCAAGGACGUGAGGUCGGCCAAGACGCUCGCCGAAGAACGGUCGAUUAUCACGAAAGAGUCGGCCAAGAUCCGCACAAAGCUCAAGGAUGACCACAUCUCGCUAGAGCGCAGGCGCAAGUACAUCCACAAGCUGUUGUACUUGUACAUUCUGGGGGAAAAAACGCAUUUCGCGCAGGUGGAAUGCAUCAAUUUGAUCGCGUCCGAAGAGUUCGUCGACAAGAGAAUGGGGUACUUGGCCGCAAUCCUCUUGCUCGACGAGAACCAGGAGCUCUUGACGCUUUUGACCAACUUGUUGAACAACGACUUGAACCACCAGUCGCGAUACGUCGUGUCGUUGGCCAUGAACGCGUUGGGUGCGUUGGCGUCGCCCGAGUUGGCCAGAGACCUAUACUCGGACAUCAAGAACAUCUUGGACCAUUCGAGGGAUUCGUUCUUGCUCAAGAAGGCGCUCGUGUGCGCUGCAAAGUUGAUCUCCAAGGACGCCUCGUUGCUAGAGAUCUUCGCGCCAUACCCGGCUAAAAUGCUCAGGUCAAAGGACUCCAUCAGCCAUGGUGUCCUCAUCGGUACCAACAAGUUGAUCCAGGCCAUCCUCAUCCACAGCGCCCAGUACGAGUUCGACAACUUGAACGACAUCAUCCAGAGCUUGUCGAACUUGAUCCCAGACCUCUUGGCAAAAUUGGGCAGUCUAACCUUGGGAGGCGGGUCCGCAAAUUCCCACUACAGCGCCGGCGGUUGCCUCGACCCCUUCCUGCAGGUCGAGCUCAUGACAACGUUGCGGUUGUUCUUGCAGAACUUCCCACAGCAAACCGAACCAGCAAAAAAUAAACUGCUCGACGCAUUGACCCAGGUGGCUACUUACACUCCAACUUCCUCCAACAGCAACACCGCGGUCCUAUACGAGGCCGUCCGCACAAUCUUUUCCUUCAAAGCUGAACACGCAUUGCGCGUCUUGGGUGUCAACGUCUUGGGUAACCUCGUCGCCUCCAAAGAUUGCAAUAUCAAAUACGUGUCCCUAAACGCAUUGUUGGACGUCGUGUCCGUGGAACCACAGGCCGUGCAAAGACAUAGGAAAUUCAUCUCCAAAUGUAUCUUCGACCCAGACGUCUCCAUCAAGAAAAGAGCACUGGAAAUGACGUUCGCCCUCUUGAACCCGACAAACAUGAAAGAAUUGGUCGCUGAGAUCUUGGCCUUUUUGGAAAAAUCCGGUGAGAACGACAAACCCCUCAUUCUUUACUGUGUCGACCAGCUAAUACUCGUCUUCGAUAUGCUAGACGCUUCCGAAGACAAGUGGAAACUAGACGUCAUAGUUAAAGUGCUCAAAUACGUCGGCCAAUUCAUCCCAGUAGAAAAAAUUACAGACGCCCUCAUCAUGAUCAACAACACUUCCGAUCUCGACCAUAAGAAGGACGUCGUUGCAGAUAUCGUAAAUGUUGCUCUCGAAAACGACUCCUCCGGCCAGCCAGACGAAAAUUUGGCCUGGAGAAUGGUCAGCAUAUGGUGUAUUGGUGAAUACGGUGACCUGAUCUUAGGCAUCGGAAAAUCGUCCGAAGAAUCCCUCACAAACUAUCUAUAUGAAUCAGACAGCUUGCACCGUGACAAUACUACAGUGAUACACUACGUUUUAAUGGCAGCACUAAAAUUAUCGAUCAAGAUCCAAACACCAAUGCUAAUCGAGAGACUAAGACAGCUCAUCAAGAGUCACACGCAAAACGUCAACCUCAUGAUCCAAAUUAAGGCAGUACAAUAUGACAUCAUAUUUAACCAACCAACAGCUGUUAAGGCUGCCCUAUUAGAACCGAUGCCAAUAUUUCAUAAAAAAUUGCCAGAUGCUUCGGCUGUCAAAUCUUUCACUAGCAGAGCACCUCAAACAACUGCGAAAAAGCCUGCAAAGAAAGAAGAUGACUUGUUGAUCGACUUACUAGGUGAUUUAUCCACCCCAGACUCUUCGUCGAAUCCUCAACAACCGGUCAAAACAUCUAAUGAUCUGUUGAGUGGCUUAUCUGAUUUGUCUUCUCAAGUACCACAAAACAAUGGAAACAACGUCCAUUCAACACCAAUUUUAACAAAAACUAUCAUCAAUGUACCAAAUGAUGCUAUUUCAAUUCAUAGCUCUGAGUUUGUUGAAGUCUUUUCUAAAUUUGGCUCUGUGUCCAGUGGACUUGCAGAGUUGAGUUUAUUCUUGAGGGCUAAAAAGAACAUAAACUCAUUACAGAUUUUAGUUGCCGUGCCCAAAUCUCAAGUGGCAGAAUUUGGUCCACUAUCAAGUCAUAAACUUGCUUCCAAUGAGGUGGCUAAACAGAGCUUAAAGAUUUUGGGAGGCGGUAAAGUGAAACUAAGAGUAAAAUUGAACAUCGAUUCCAAUGAAGAUCAAUUUGAUCAUAAAUACGAUGUCACUAUAUGA